AUGGAUAUCUCUGGCCGUUGCAUUGUCCUCAUCGCGGCUCUGGGGCUGGUGAGCUGUUUCCCCCCGGGGCACUGGCAGGAGGUGUCCUCAGAAGCGCCGGAGAUCCAGACCUUGGCGGAGAUCGCGGUGCGGGAAUAUAAUCGUCUGAGUGACCAGGAUGUUGCUUACAUACAGCUGCGGGUCACCGAUGUCAGGAAGCAGCUGGUCUCGGGGGUCAAGUAUGACUUUAAUAUCUUACUGGGAAGGACAAUGUGUAAGAAGGACGGAGAAGAGACCCCUGGUGAUUGUCGGCUUCAUGCUGCAGCUCCAGUGAAGGGAGUGAAGUGCAGCUUUUCAGUGUUGCUGGUCCAAUGGCUCAAUGAGAUGAAAGUCUUGCAUCAGUUAUGCUCACGAGAAGUAUCUUUGGAUUGGAUAAAAGACGCGGCAGAGUCGCCAUCUUCAAAUCGGAGUGCGCUGUCGUCCGAAACGGAGGACGAGCUGCUCGAGACAAUGUCGUUGUUUAAGAAGUUUGUGACGACUUACAAUAAAACGUAUCAAAGCGAUGGAGAGGCUUCGAGGCGUCUGAGCAUCUUCGCCGAAAACCUCAAGAAGGCCAAAGACAUACAGGACAGAGACCAGGGGACGGCGGAAUACGGCGUCACUAAAUUCAGCGACCUCACGGAGGAAGAAUUCCGGACUCUCUACCUGAACCCCUUGCUCUCCGGUAAGGAACAUCGGAUGGCGGGCAGGGCUGCGGUUCCGAAAGACCCUCCCCCCGCUCAGUGGGACUGGAGAGAUCGCGGCGCCGUAACCGAGGUCAAGAACCAGGGCAUGUGCGGCUCCUGCUGGGCUUUCUCCGCCAUCGGGAACAUCGAAGGGCAGUGGUUCCUGAAGAAAGGCGCGCUCGUUUCUUUGUCCGAGCAAGAGCUGGUGGAUUGCGACGGCGUGGAUCAAGCGUGCGGGGGAGGCCUUCCGUCGAGCGCCUACGAAGCCAUCGAGAAGCUGGGCGGGGUGGAGACGGAACAAGAUUACGCUUACCGGGGACAGAAGCAGCGCUGCAGCUUCUCCGCCGGCAAAGUCUCGGCUUACAUCAACAGCUCCGCGGAGAUUCCGAAGGACGAGGCGCAGAUGGCGGCCUGGCUGGCGCAGAACGGACCGAUAUCCGUCGCGCUGAAUGCGUUCGCUAUGCAGUUUUACCGCAAAGGGGUUUCUCACCCGUUCAUGCUGUUGUGCAGUCCCUGGUUCAUUGACCACGCCGUGCUUCUAGUGGGCUACGGAAACCGUAACGGGGUCCCUUUCUGGGCAAUCAAGAAUAGCUGGGGGACGGACUGGGGGGAACGGGGCUAUUACUAUCUGUACCGAGGCGCCGGAGCUUGCGGCGUGAAUCAAAUGUGCAGCUCGGCCAUUGUAAAUUAG